UAUACAUCCGAAAAUUUCGAUUAGCAAUGAGCAAGUCACGUGACAUUUAUUUAUUUACGUUUUGAUAUGAAAACAGAAGUUUCUCAUUGACCUAGUUAUUUGACAUGAAUCAUGUCAGAUUCAGGAGAAAGUGGAACAAUGUCCGACACAGGUGAUAGCAGACCUAUGUCAGAUACAGGAGAGAGCAGUGUUUUCUCGGAUUGGUCAAUGGUAGACAAACACGGGGAAUUGCCAGAUGAUGAUACAACCAGUACAACAAGUUCUGUUGAGGUUGUUGAAGACGACAAUGAUGAUACAAACAUUGAUCCUGUUACUCCGGUAGCUGGUAGUCCAAGUGGUGUUGCUCCGCGCUUCAUUCUUCGUCUGCCGAGUCACAAACAAGACGCUUCUGAUACAGAUGAAGACCAGACUGAAAGUGUAACCCACCCAGGUGUCUCUCAGGAGCUAAACACAGUGUCUCCAGCAGGUGUUAAGGCAGGGCAGACAUAUAGACAGAGUUCGUCGGAGGCUCGUGUAUCCCAAGAGCAGCUGGAGGAAUUGAGGAAGACAUUGGACACACUUAAGAAAAAUUUACAGCCGAGUCGAGGUGAUGACAGUUCCAUAUCUUCCAUCGAACUGUUUGGAAGUGGCAAGCCAGAUAAAGAUUUCUUGAAAAAAGAAAGUGGUCUGCUUCCACAGAGGCAAGUGGAAAACAUUGGUAUCCAUGGCAACAUGUUAGAUGGCAAUUUAUCUCUGGAGUCAUCUGUUAGCUCAAGCUACAGUUUUCUGUCCAGAGACGCAGGUACAGAAUGUUCUUUACUUGGCGAUAAAUCAGGUUCUAGACAGAAUAGCUUAGGAGACCAGCCCGACCAAGAUGGAGUAACAGAGAUCAGUAACCCUGAGGAUAUGCAAGCCACCAAUGAAGAGGGAAAUACACAAGAGAAACAGACUGAGCAGGGAACCAGCAGCCCAGAAUGUCAAGCCGGUAGAGAAAGCACUCUAGAGAUGUUUGUGCACUACCCGUUGAAGUAUAUAUUUCUAGUAGGCUUGACUGUCUACAUUGGAGUUGUCAUUGUGACAGUGCUUUGUAUACACAGACAAGGGCCAGACUUUGCCAGAGAGGGUGGAGCUUUAAGUCGAUGUCAAAUAGACAAUCAGAUGUUGCAGCUGAAAUUGGAUAGAUGUGAUAACCACCUUUUAGAAGGUAAUGCAAUAGCAGACAAGAAAGAUGAAAAAAUCAAAAUGUUACUUGGAGAAAAUGACAAGGUUUCUGCUAAGUUAAUAGACAGGGAAAGGGAAAUAAUAAAACUAGAGGAGAAGUUGAAUAUCCUAGUGGAAGAAAAUGAAAAAAUUAAGACAACUGAUCAAGAGCUGCAGAGAAAACAGGCUGAGGUCCUUGAUGAAAAUGAAAGGCUUCUGAACCUUUUUGACCAGACUCAGACUCAGUGUGCAGAUUGGAAGAGCCACCUUGAGAAAUGCCAAGCAGACAAUUUAGAUGUGGAAGACGUAAGACGUCUGGCUGAAAAAGAUCUGACUGCAGUUCAAAGAAAGUGCCAGUCUGAUCUUGAUAAUCUUAAAAGUCAAUAUCAGUUUGAAAUUGAUGGUGUAAGUAAUCAGUACCAGUCUAAUUUAGAUAAGGUGAGGAAACAGUACCAGUCUGACUUGGAUCGGCUCAGAAACAACUACCAGUCUGAUCUAGAUAGUUUAAAGAUGCACACAGAAGCACAUGAAAAAUACACAAAAGCACAAUGUACUGCAGGCAGGAAGCAAGGACAUGGUUAUUGUGAUACAGUGUCUGAACAUGAAAAAGAAGAUGCACAGUCUGAAAAUAAUGAAGAAGCAGAUGAGACACAGUCUGUACACAAGAAAAGGACAGAAAAGAGCCAGAAAGAGGAACAAACAAGACAAAAUGACAACUUCCAGUCUACUAGAAAUGAGAAGUCGUCCAGUCAUACAAAACAAAGUGAUAAACAAUCGGGCAAUAACAAGGGAGACAACUCAGACAAGUUUACCGGUGAGAGUGACGAACCUGGCAGCUACUGGGCAGAUACAGUGUUACAUAUUAUGAACAAAACUAGGGAACAAAUUCAGGAUACAUGGGCAAAGGUGAAGAACAUGUCGGAAAGUCUGUGGGAGGAACAUCAACCCACUUUGUCUCGCCUCCAUGACUCAUUUACCAGGAGAUUUAAACAUUUGAGCAAGAAGUUCCAAGACAAACUCACAAAAAAGAUAAAUAAAUGGUUUCGUAAAAGCAAGAGGCAAUCAAGGAAAGAGAAAAAUGGCCCACAAGCAAACACCAAGAGAAGGCAGUAUAAUUCUGAUGGUGAUGUUUCGAACUCAAAUCGCACAGUUGAAGAAAGACUUGUGAAGCUUAGUCACCAAGUACAAGCCUUGAAUGCCAAGAAAUUCAAGAAAUGGAAAGAAUUUCCAAAAGUUUUGGACAUACAAAGAGAAUUUGAACAAGUGAACAUUGUGAUCAACACAGAUGAUCAACAACAAAUGCAGAAGAACAAGUUGACAGAUGGGUAUUUGGAAUGGCUAAGGUGUCAGUUCCGAUGGUGGAAAGAUGUUGAUGUUGUCACGGUAACCGACGACUGUUACUUGUCCCUUUGUUGUUGGCAGGUGAAGGUCACAGGCGGUGAUGUCAAACAGUGCAAAAGGGUCAAAAGGAAGCAGGGAAUAGUGGAAGACAGUUGCGCUUUAGAGCCAGUCAAUCAAAUGUACACAUCACAGAGUAACAAUCAGAAUAGGAGAACCAGUCCAGGGAAGAAUAAGUUCCGGAAAAGCGACCAUGUACAUCAAGGACCUUCUUCUACUCCAAAUAACAACGAAGAAAUAAUGGACCAGAAACCAGCAAGCAAUGACGAAAAGGAAGAAAACUGGUUCCUAGAAAGGGGCAAGGAAAGGGAGUAUGAUAGAGAAGAGCCGGAUAACUGGUUCUUCAGACGUAAAAACAACAAGGUGUUGCAAAAUGAAAAGACAGGCAAAGAUUAUUUUGAUGAUGAUGAUGAUGAUGUCAAUGAUGAUUAUUAUGAUGAGGACUGUGAUUAUGACUGGCACACUGGAUAUUGUAUCUAUCCCUGAUGCAUGUUCUUUCGUUUCUUUGAGUGGGGAUAGGAAAAUAAAAUUAUACAUGGGGCUGAAGGGAUCGCUUUUUGAAUUAUAGUCAUUCGGAAUACAUUUAAAAUUUGAUAAUUCAAACCACUGUACGCUUCAGUCAAAGUUACAUUCCCAAUGUCUUAUUGCAUCUGUUUAAUUCUGUAUUGUCAAAUUAUUUUGUGACUGUAAGAAUCUCGGCACUUUUGCAUGAUUGUUGUGAAUGUUUCGUCCUAUUCAUUGAUUUAUAAUUUAAGGAUCAAUUUAAAAUUUGUUACAAAAUACUCUGCAUUGCUUUAGUAAAUAAUUACCUUUUGGUUGUUUAUCAUAAGAAAAGUUUGGUUUAGACAGAUAUGAAAUUGUUAUUUCAUUUGUUGAUUUUUAUUACGACUUCCCUGUGCUUUUGUGUUAUUUUUUUAAAAAGAUCAUUUUAUAUGAUUUAAUGUUGUUAAAUGUUCAUGAAGUUUUAUAUACAGCUUAGUUUUUGCAUCAGCUUAAAGUGCUUUUUUUGUCAUACUUCAAAACAUACGUAAGUAAAAAAAAAAAUAGAGUACAUAAAUUAUUUAAACUGGUUCAACAUCUCUUUCCAGUCCAUUUUUGACAACAGCUUUUCAGCGGGAAUAAGUAGAUCUUUUCUCAACAUUUAGGUCGAUUUAUCAUAUAUUUGUUACCAAUUACUGUAGAUUUUUUUUUAUUUAAUGAUAGUGAUCUAGUGUAUAUAGAUCUAACACGCAGCUUGAAAGGGCAACUGGCACUGUAAAUUUCAGUUUCUCUUGACACAUGAAAUGAAAUGGAGUUUCGUUGUCAUUGUGGUGUACUCUUCCUGUGUGGAGGUAAUAAAGAAUUCUAUCUAUGUUGAUAAUUAUGUCAACUGAUAAAUAUACAUGUCACAUGAUCUGUCUUCUUGAGACAAAAAUGUUUGUGCCACUUAUUUACAAAAGAAAAUUGUUAAAAAAUCUUCAUGACUAUUUGGGGAAAAAAAACAAAAACAAAAAAAAAAAAACUGAUUCAAACAAUGAAGUAUUUUUAUCAAAAACUGGCAUUUUUUUGUGAAUUGAAAUUUUGUUUCCAACAGAUUACCUUCAGGUUUGUGUUAUGAAGUAAUUUAAUGUCCCAAUAAAUGACUUUUAUACAUACUUUUAUAUAUUUUCUACAGAUUUUUUUUAAUACCAGUACUAUCUUACACUGUUUAGAUAUAUACCAUCAAUAAUGUCCUUUUACUUUCUUAACAAAAAUGUUCGAAAAUUCUAUUGUUAUAUUAUGAUAACCUUUAAAUUGUGUGGUAGUAGAAAACUCCAACAUAGUGUUACUUCCCCCUUUGGGUACAGUAGACAUUACCUCCACAUAUAAAUUGGAAUGUUGUUCCAUUCAUGAAUUUGUUGUACAAAGUUUAUGCCUCAAUAGUUAAAUAAAUAUUUCUAGCAGAUUUGCUUAAAUAUGUUUAAAAUUAAGACAUGAUUUUGUGAAAGGAUUUUUUGUAAAAAAAAAAAAAAAAAUUGAAAAAUAAAUUAUCCAUAUCCAAAUCCAUAUUUGAGACAGGACUAAAGUUUGUUAAAAACCUUUAAAGAGCUACUGAUGUAUUAUAUUGUUAACUGACUUAAAACAAAAAAAAAUCAGCAGCCUUUCUUUGUAGCAAUACUCUUUCUGCUCUUAAGCCUGUUGAAAUUUGAUACACAAUAAAAUCAUUCAGUGAAUCAAGAGAUUUAUGCCAAACUAGAUCACAAUGGCAAUGUUCAGUUUUUGUCUUGUCAUUUAUUCAGUUUAUAUGUUAACAAAAAAACAGAACACAUAUUGUUAAUUUUAUUUCAUGUACAAAAAUAGAAUUGUCAUUUUCAUGCUUUGGUUUCAGAUUAUCAUUCUUCUUUUUACAAAGCUCCUAAAUAACUCUGGAAUAUUCUUGGUGCGUCAUUUCUUACAACAUCUCACAUUGAGCUGAUUAAACCAUGUGCUUUAUCAUCAUUGGUGGUGGAAUUAUCUAAUCCGCUUCGUUUAUGAAAUAGACUUGAAUGGCAUUUAUUUCUUCACAUGAUAGUGGAUUUUUGUUGUUUCGGUGCAAGAUCAAAAUAUCUUUCACCAAGUAAACAGAUGCAGUAUUUAUUCACGAGUGAAAAAUAAUUACAUUUGACAUGCAAGACAAACAUGUUAUCUUUAUUUAAUGCUUUUCUCAUGGUUUAAAUCAAAUUGUUAACAUUUUACCUGCAUAUCAUGUGAUCAAGCAACAUUACACUCUUGUCAAUACAUCACUUUGACUAUGCUGGGAAAGCUACUAUAUUUCUGUGGGAUUUAUUUCUUGUACAUUUUGUAAUGGUUAAUAUCUUUAUUUUUACCUUUUGUAAGUACUUACGCAUAGAACCACACUUUCAAUGCAAAUCUCCUGAGAAAACCAACAUAGUGGCUUUGUGACCAGCAUGGAUCCAGACCAGCCUGCGCAUCAGGCCUAUAUUUAAAAUUAUUUACAGUAAAAAUUUGUUUACAGGAUUUUCUCACUGAAACAGUUUGUUUAUCAAGUGAUUAUCUAUCCCUUCAUUUCAGUAAUCAACUGAAAAGCAUGAAAUAAGGAACUCCAAACACAUCAUCAUAAUUAUAAUGCAUAACUCUUUGUUAUCCCCCGCCGAUGAAAUCGGGAGGGGGGUAUUGAAAUGGCGUUGUCCAUCCGUCAGUCAGUCCGUCCGUCCGUCCGCAGCCAUUUCUCAGUAACUACUUGGUAGAAUUUCAUGAAACUUGAAAUAAACAUGAACCAACAUACUGCGAUGAUGCCCGUCAAGUUUUUUUUUUGAUUGGUCAAUUUCCCUCAGAGUUAUUACCCUUGAUUUAAUAAAAAAUGUCCGUCUGCAGCUAUUUCUCAGUAACUAACAGGUAGAAUUUCAUCAAAUUUGAAAUAGACAUGAACCAAGAUACUGUGCUGAUACCCGUCAAGUUUUUUUUUUUUUGAUAAGUCAAUUUCCGUCAGAGUUAUUGCCCUUGAUUUAAUGAAAAAUGUCCGUCUGCAGCCAUUUCUCAGUAACUAGCAGGUAGAAUUUCAUCAAACUUGAAACAGACAUGAACCAAGAUACUGCGACGAUGUCCUUCAAGGUUUUUUUCAAUUGGUCAAUUUUCCAUAUAGUUAUUGCCCUUUAAUUGUUUAAAAAUCCACAGAUCUGUACAUAACAAACCAACCAGUUCGAAGAAUUUCAUUAAACUUCUUUCAUUCUUUUCCACGAACAUUUAUUAUAAACAUGUGAUGUUGUGUACCUACACCCCCCCCCCCCCCCCCCCCCCAACACCAUUUUUUUUUUUUUUUUUUCAUUUUUCAUUUUCUAUCAAUAUUUAUAAUCAACAUGUAAACUGUUGUAUCCUCACCCCAGCCCCACCCAAACAAACCAUUCAUUUUCUUUUAAUUUGAUUUUGACUAAUGAAAUUAUUUGCUUCUUGGUAACAUUCUUAACUUUUUGCUGGAUAUAUUUUUUUGCCGUUCCUCAACUCUGACCCUUUGGGCGGGGGAUUCCAAUUCAUCGAAUUUGCUUGUUUUUACUAGAAUCAUUGGUUUUUGUAAUCUACCGAUAUAAUAUUUAAACUGUUUCGAUGUUUUGUAACAAGUAGAACCUCACGACAGAAAAUAAGAAUGUUAUAUGCAAGUAUCAUACACACUGCGAACGCAUGGAAACAUAAUAACCGGAUACAUCAAAACUUUUUCAGUAUUGACUACACAGUUGUGCUUGUAUUAGCCAGGUUUAACCAGCUUGUAUCUAAUAACUGUGAUUUUGUUUCAUUAUUGUUUCUUCCAUAGUCUAUCCUGUUUUCAUAAUAAAAUUAUUGAAAAUGAA